CCCUUUUCAAAGCGCCCACAGACCAGGGACCUCUCUCUCCACCCUUAGUAGCAGGAAGACUCAUUCUGCUUUCGCAGAACUAGGACUGCUCCCCGCGCCGCCUUCUGCCUUUUCUGAAAACCCUGGAAGGCGGCCUGAACCCCCAAAUCGGGACGCUGCUCAGACCCAGAGCAGGGAACACCCUCAGUCCAGACAGCCUCCCUUCCUUGUACCCGAAUCUCAAGGAACAAAUUGCCCCUGCACCCCAACACCAGAGCGUCCUCGCUUCCACAGUACCCCGAGAAUCAGGCCCUCUUCCUUCUCCCCUUCCCUUCCAACAGCGGAGCAUCCCCCUCCCUUCCCGCAGUUUUAGGGGGGCUGGUCAGUCCCACCCCCUUCUCCCUGGUUCCCUCCUCCGCCCCCAGUAGGAGGAACCCCUUGUCCUUUCCCCACCUCUGCCGUUCGAAUCCCAGACGUCCGGCCUUCCGAGAGCGCAGGGGGUCGUCUCGGUGCAGCCCCUGGGAGGCCGCCCGGCCCGGGGAUGCUGGCGGUGGGGCAAAUGGAUGGCACCCCCCGGCAGAGCGCCUUCCUGCUCAGCAGCCCCCCCUUGGCCGCCUUGCACAGCAUGGCCGAGAUGAAGACCCCUCUGUACCCCGCCGCGGCCUACCCGCUGCCACCCCCCACAGCAGGCUCGGCUGUUCCCAGUGGACCCUCGUCCUUGUCCUGUUCCUCCUCUUCCUCGUCGUCGUCUUCCUCGGCCUCGGCCUCUCCCUCGCCGCCGCUGGGCUCCCCGACACCGGCCGGCCUCAAGCCCCACAGCACGGGGGCCCUGUCGGCGCUGGGUUCCCCCCCGCAGCAGCUCUCCGCCGCCACCCCGCACGGCAUCAACGACAUCCUCAGCCGGCCGUCCAUGCCCGCCCUCGCCGUCUCCUCGGCCGCCGCCGCCUCCUCCUCGGUGGCCUCCUCGACGUCCGCCUCGCCGGCCGCUGGCCUCCUGGCGGGGCUGCCUCGCUUCAGCAGCCUCAGCCCCCCGCCGCCCCCGCCGGGCCUCUACUUCAGCCCCAGCGCCGCCGCCGCCGUGGCCGCCGUGGGGCGCUACCCCAAGCCCCUGGCCGAGCUGCCCGGCAGGACCCCCAUCUUCUGGCCAGGGGUGAUGCAGAGCCCGCCUUGGAGGGACGCGAGACUCGCCUGCACGCCGCAUCAAGGCUCGAUUUUGCUGGAUAAAGACGGCAAAAGGAAGCACACAAGACCGACGUUUUCCGGCCAGCAGAUUUUCGCUUUGGAAAAGACUUUUGAGCAAACGAAAUACUUAGCCGGGCCGGAACGGGCAAGGCUCGCCUAUUCGCUGGGGAUGACCGAAAGCCAAGUCAAGGUUUGGUUCCAGAACCGGAGGACCAAAUGGCGGAAGAAGCACGCGGCCGAGAUGGCUACGGCCAAGAAGAAACAAGACUCCGAGACGGAGCGGCUGAAGGGCACCUCGGAGAACGAGGAAGACGACGACGACUACAACAAGCCCCUGGACCCCAAUUCAGACGACGAGAAGAUCACGCAGUUGCUGAAGAAGCACAAGACCGCGGGCGCCAGCGCCAGCCUCCUUCUUCACACAUCGGAGAACGAGGGAUCCUCCUAGACGGCAGAGAUCCCGCCUAGAUCCCGCCCGGUAGAAGGAGAGCGAGGGGCCCCGAUCUCAUCAUCCAUCCAUCCCCGACGGCUGCUUCUUCCACGACCCUGCACCCCCUCCAGACAGAUGUACAGAUCUAUUUUUCUACCCAGAGAAGAAGGAGAAGAGGUUCCCCGACGUGUUUCAGUUUUGUUUGCUGGUGCUGGUGGUGGUGGUGGUGGGGAAUGACUGUCGGCGGGCCGGCUGUGCGGCCCCCGCUUCCCUCCCUGAUUCCGCAAAGGGGAUCGGCGCCGCUCGACGGCCAACUUCGGUCUCCCCUCUCUGCCCCCUGCUGGCCAGACUCAGAACUACAUCCGUGGGCGACUCUGUAAAUACCGUAAUGGGGGGGAAAAGCGAGCGCACUUCUUUGACUGUGAAUAUUUAACGUGUACAAUACUUUGGUUUCUUGUUCGUUUGAGUGUAUGUGUGUGUGCGCGCGCGCCUAGAAAGAGUGCGUUGGCUGUUUGCAUUUCCUUUACUCCUCCGUGUGGCUUUAUUGGGGGAAAGCUCGCUUCUAAAAGUCCUUCUCGUUCGGUUUCAGUAGUGAGAUUUGUGGCAUAUGAAAGCAGGUAGGGAUUUAUUUUCUGAAAUAGCUCAUAAUUGUUCUCCUGUCCCUGUCCUUCGCUGGCUGCGCAAUAUGAAUCGGUGCCAGAGUUGGGGCUCCGAAAAGGGAGACGGAAGGAAAUAUAACCAGUUUCGUUUCAGCGAAUCGUCUUCUGCCAGUGUAAGACUAGGCAAGUUUGAGGGUCGCACAGGAGUCUUCAUCAGACAGAAGCAGAAUUUUGUGUAAUGUUGGCAUUUGCACAGUUGGCUACAGUCUCAGAUUUGAAUUUAGUCGCUCUGCUCCCCUGCACACUUCCUUGGAAGCGAGAUCCUUUGAAUUCAUCUAGAUAUUCUUCCAAGUGAAUGGCUACAAAUUUUCCUUUAUUUCCCCUCAGUUUUAAUUGAGUCCUAGAAAAUGAAGCUAAUGAUCUCUUUUGCUGUUUGCCAAGCAUAGAAUGUUCCUUAUGCCAGAUGCCAAUAAGGCUAUUUAAUUACUAGCAUCUGAUUUAAUUUAAAUUUAAUUUUUUUGUUUGGUUUUUGUUUUUUGUUUUUUGGAAGCAAGCCUGGGAGAGUUGAAUAUUUUUAAAUGGUUGACCUUACCUUUUCCCAGAAAAAAAGCAUAUUAAAUUUGCUGUGGAGAUAUAUUCCAACUUUUUCCUGCUCAAAAAGAAAUUCCCCCAUUCGUUUUAGUUACUGUAAUUGACUUUGAAAAAUGUGGAGUACAGUAUUGGUCUCCCCCUUUUGUAUAAUAACGAACACUGUAGACUGCCCAUUCUCCCCUUUUUCUUUUAAAAGCUAAUGAUAACAUUGUAUUAGCAUCUUAACCUUUUAUUAAUUUAUAUGAAAACCGUUCGGUUUGUAAAGAGAACAGCAGUAACAACAUCCUUUGCAAGACCAGUUCAAUGCCAUUGCACUUUGUUUUUUUGUUUUAGUUUUUUUAAAAAAAGAUAAAACAAUUAAAAUCAGCGACAAAACAAGACGUCUCUUGCCUGGAAGAAAGAGUGGGGGAAGGGGUGUGUGAAUAUAAUGCGAUCUCGUCUGAGAUUAAAUAAUAAAAUUGGUCGUGCAGAAUCUGA